UGAAAGCUGGUGCAUGAGAGAGAGGAAUACAGGAUCUGCUGGGGAUAGGGAAUCUGACUACACCAGCUGAAUCUGGUUCCACUCUAUUCACGGUCCGUGGAACCGUUUGAACUUCCCUAUCCCAUAACACACAUCAAGCCACCAUGGCCGAAGAUGCUGAUAUGCGCAAUGAGCUUGAAGAAAUGCAACGGCGUGCAGACCAGCUGGCCGAUGAGUCACUGGAAAGCACUCGCCGGAUGCUUCAAUAUGUUGAAGGGAGUAAAGAUGCUGGUAUCAGAACACUGGUUAUGUUGGAUGAACAAGGAGAACAACUGGAACGCAUCGAAGAGGGAAUGGAACAAAUCAAUAAGGACAUGAAAGAAGCAGAAAAGAAUUUGACGGACCUAGGAAAAUUCUGUGGUCUAUGUGUCUGUCCAUGUAACAAGCUUAAGUCAAGUGAUGCUUACAAAAAAGCUUGGGGCAAUAACCAAGAUGGUGUUGUGGCAAGCCAGCCUGCCCGUGUUGUGGAUGAACGUGAACAGAUGGCUAUUAGCGGUGGUUUUGUCCGUAGAGUAACAAACGAUGCUCGAGAAACAGAAAUGGAUGAGAAUCUUGAACAAGUCAGUGGUAUAAUUGGAAACCUCCGUCACAUGGCUCUUGAUAUGGGCAAUGAGAUUGACACACAAAAUCGCCAGAUUGAUAGGAUCAUGGAGAAGGCUGAUUCCAACAAAGCCAGGAUUGAUGAGGCCAAUCAACGUGCAACAAAGAUGCUUGGCAGUGGUUAGAGCCAAAAAAGUGUAUUUUCAUCUCAAUACUGUCCUACUAGACAGUACUUUCAUGCUUUUAUCAUGGUAUUUACCUAAUAGGUUUGCACAUAUCACCUUCCACUGUAAAUGUUGUCCUGUGUAAUUUGUCAGCUUUCCAAAAAUUCUACUUGUAAUUUAUUUUAUUUUCUAGGUAUCUUCCUUUCCAAAGGUUGUAUAUAGUGAUAUAGCUCACUAUUAUGUUUUUGUUUGUUUGAAUUUUUUUUAUGAAUGACAACAAUGUAGGAAUGUUAAACGUGCUGUUGACCUUGAACUAUACAGUAUUGUUCUUGUAAAACUGUGACAUUCCAUAGAGCUACUGCCAUCCUCUGUUUUUGAUGUCAUUAUAUUUAAGCUGUUCAAAAUGCUGUCCACGGUUUUUCAUUGCCUCCAUCUGUUAUUAUAAUUUCAUAAUUAGAACGUGGAUCUAUAUUACUAUAAUAAGCAUUGCACUACAAGUGAUGUGAGUUAUGCAUUUAUGCAUGGAAAUAAAUAGACAUUUAGAUGCCUACAUAAAAGAUCUUAUCAUGGCAGUAGCACAUCAAAUAAAAGCAUGCUGAGUAUUUGGACACUGUUGGGACUAUGUUAUACCAGCAAGUUUGCAGUAGUGCCACUUUUCUGUCAAUAUAUUGUUAUAUUUAACCAUGAUCAUGCUCUUUUGUUCCAAAGGAUGGACUUGGCACAAAUGUCCAGCUAAAAUAUGCAUUUUUUUGCUGGUAAUCUAUAAAAUAAAUAUGGUUGUAAUAUAUGGUUUGGAUACUGUUUUGAGGAUCCUCUUUUUGAGGAAAUGACUACAAUUUAAAUGGUACAGAUAUGUAAAUUUUAUAAGGCUGAGUCUAGUUAGCCACUAAUCCCUAUGUGGUUUAUUUUAAGUAAUUUUCUCUGUUGCUUACCUAGAGCUAUGCACACCAAAUCGCUGAGAUGUUUAAGUAUAUUAAUAAUAAGACAAUAUUCUAAAUGAUUGAUCUCUAGAUAAACUGUGAAAUCAAUAUCAUUGCAGCAUGUACUAUUAAAUUCCUUCUGUCUCCUGUCAGGUUGUUAAGUGAUUGACAUUUUGUAGCUAGUUUAAAACAAUUAAAAUUAUAAAUCUGAAA